AUGGGAUGUCUUUUCGGAAAAUAAGAAUAAGCACAAAACAGAUAUCAAAUGAAAGAAUAUGAUAAAUUUAAAGUUCUACAAUUAAGUAUAAUGAUUAGUUAAUAUCAUCUGAGUUCAAAGUAGCAAAGAGAUGUUUUUAAUUUUUAAUCUUUAGGUAUAUUUAUUACUAAAUAGGGUGCUUGGUAUAUGAAAUAAUUAAACUUAUAGGAAUCACUGGAUUUAUCAGAAAUGCGACGGCAAACUUUUAAUGUUUUUAAGUAAUAAUAAAAUCAUUACAUUCGUUCUUAGGUUAAGUACAUCAAGAUCAACAGUUAUUCUCUUAAUUGUUUCCAAUAUACAAAUAAAGUUUCAAGUUAGUUGUAAUCUAUCCAAAAUAUAUCUCAAGCUGAGCAAUUUACCUAAAGCUUUAUUUUACUCGAUAAUCUAAACUGAUGAAGCUUUUUGAAAAAAAAAUUUUAUCAACAAAGAAGAAGUUUUUAUUGAACAAUAUUCAUGUUUUGAUGAGUCUGAAAUUG